AUGGUCGCCGACGCCCUCGUCUACCACCCCUCGGUGGCGCACUACCUGCGCUUCGUCGCCACCACCGUCGGCCGCGACAAGCUCCUGCGCACCAUCCAGUACUGGUCCCGCUUCUACGCCUGGUACCUGCUGCGCACCAACGGCACCCCCGACCAGAUGGCCCCCUGGGCCGCCCUCAAGAAGCAGUUUGGCCUCGUCCGCAAGGUCCUCCGCUUCGGCAAGGCCGUCGAGCACGUCAAGGCCGCCGCCGUCGCCGCCGACUCCAAGAGCCUCGACACCUUCCUCCGCUACACCGCCUUUGGCAGGCAGAUGGGCUACGCGGGGUACCUCACCUUCGAUGCCCUCGCCCUGCCCGACGCCCUCGGCGUGCGCAAGUGGGAGGGCGCCAAGCGCGCCCAGGACAACGGCUACCGCUUCUGGGCCGCGGGCUUGACGUUUAGCGUCGCCGCGCAGCUGUAUACGCUGUACCAGCUCAAGCAGCGCGAGGCCAAGAUUGACCGCAAGGACGGCGAGGGAGUCGUCGAGAGCAAGCGCAUCGCCAUCGAGCGCUCCGCCAGCCAGCUCCAGCUCCUCUGCGACCUCGCCGAUCUCACCGUCCCGACCUCGGCCCUCGGCCUCAUCGGCUUCGACGACGGCUUCGUCGGCCUCGCCGGCACCCUCAGCAGUUUGAUCGGCGUCUACUCGCAGUGGAAGAAGACCGCCUAA